AUGGAAGGCCUUAACAUUGACGAGAAAGGGCAGCCAAGACUCUCCCGUUCCUACACGCUCAACUUUGUUGGUGACUGGGGCGGUGCCAACUUUCACCGAAUAUGUUCCUGGCUCACCCAAGAGUUCUGUGACAGGGCCGGUCCUGGAAGCCGGUCCGCGAUCUGGAGUCUCCGUGACGGAGGCCUAGAUGGUCUGAUGCAGCUCAACCAUGGAAGUGCAGACUUGGCCAUUUGCACUCCAGCGGCGCUGAUGAGCAAAGCUCUUAAUGGCGAAGGCCCGUUUUCAACAGCAAUGCCACACCUACGUGCCUUGGCCACACUGCCGCAGAACGAUCGCAUGGUUCUCGCAGUCAACCCUAAACACAACAUCAAGACCUUCGAGGAACUUAGACGACAAAAACCAGCUCUGCGAAUCGCAACCGCGGUCAACGACGGGACUAAUUUAAUCGGAUACGUCGCGAAUGAGUUCCUGAAUGCCCACGGAAUCUCUAAAACUACUAUAGAGUCGUGGAAUGGAACAUUCCUGACGGCUCACAGGCCGGAGCGGUGUGUCGCAUUCGUUGAAACUGGAGAAGCGGACGCCCUUCUUCAAGAAGCCAUCAUGACACCAUGGUGGAGAAGACUUAUCGAGGCGGAUAAAUUGGUGCCUUUGCCGGCUGAACCGGAAGCUUUAGAGAGCCUACAAGGAUCUCUAGGACUGAGAAAUAAUCCGCUACAAGCACGCUUCUGGGACAAUCUGCCUGAAGAAUUGCCGGCGUUGGACUUCUCGGAUUUCGUCAUCUUUGUGCGAGAUGAUAUGCCCAAAGAAGUGGCAUAUCUUCUCACCUGGUGCUUGGUCGAGACGAGGCAUAUGCUUGAAGGACAGUACAAGCAUAUUCCGCCCGAAAGAAGCCCUCUGUCAUAUCCUCUUGACCCUAACAAGAUGGCUCAAACUCCAAUACCCCUUCACGAAGGCGCCAACGAAUACUAUUCCCAGCGGGAUGCCUCAGGCCAGCAAGCCUGCCAGAUAACAAUCUCACCUUUUUAG